AUCAAGCAGGUUGAGCCGCUCGUCCGUCCUUCCACUCAUCGUGCUCCUCCCCCCCGCCAAUCUUGUAUAUACCUGUCGGCGUGGCGAGAUUUCGACUAGGCUGGCCUAGCUCUAGCUUCUGAGUGCAUUGCCUACUCCCUCCAACAUCGCUCAUUCCUACUAUCUCACAGACAUGGAAACAACUCGUCUGCAACGAUGGCUGAAGAAACUCGAGGUGUCCGCGGAGCCGGGACUGUCCAACACUCAAUUGAUGCUGAUGAACCAUGAUUUACAACCAGUUGAACAUGAACGUCGGCAAUGGGGAUGGUACAACUUCGUCGCCUUUUGGAUAGCAGAUUCUCUCAACAUCAAUACCUGGAUGAUUUCCUCCUCGAUGAUUGUGGAUGGCCUGUCAUGGUGGCAGUCGUGGAUAUGUGUCUGGGUUGGGUACUUCAUUGCCGCCUGUUUUGUGUGCUUGACGGGUCGCAUUGGUGCCGUCUACCACAUCUCCUUCCCUGUCGCCUGUCGCUCGAGUUUCGGUAUCUGGGGGUCUUUCUGGCCCGUAUUCAAUCGAGCUGCCAUGGCUGUCGUGUGGUACGGUGUCCAAGGCUACAUUGGAGGCGAGUGUGUGACCCUGAUGAUUCGAUCCAUAUGGCCCAGCUACAACAACCUGCCCAACGGGAUCCCUGCCAGUGCCGGCGUCGAUACGAAGAACUUUCUGAGUUUCUUCCUGUUCUGGCUGCUAUCGCUGCCCGCGCUCUGGUUCCCCGUGCACAAGAUCCGCCAUCUCUUCACCGUCAAGGCCAUCUAUUCGCCCAUCGCUGCCAUUGCAUUCUUCGCCUGGGCCAUCUCCCGCGCCAACGGAAUCGGCCCCAUUGUCCACCAGCCCGCCUCGGUUCACGGCAGCGUGCUGGCCUGGGCCGUGGUGAAAUCGAUCAUGAGCUGCCUGAGCAACUUCGCCACUUUGAUUGUGAAUGAUCCGGAUUUCUCUCGGUUCUCGCGGACACCGAAGGAUGCGCUGUGGUCUCAAUUGCUUACCAUCCCGAUCGGAUUCGGAAUUACCUCAUUCAUCGGAAUCAUCGUUUCCUCGUCGUCGGCCGUCAUCUUCGGUGGUGACUUUGUCUGGAACCCCUUGGACCUGCUGGGCAAGUUCUUGGACGGGGCAAGCUCCGCUGAGCGCUUCGGGGUCUUCAUCAUCUCGACGGGCUUUGCUCUGGCGCAACUGGGGACCAACAUUUCCGCCAAUUCGGUCUCUGCGGGUACCGAUAUGACGGCUCUGCUGCCCCGAUACAUCAACAUCCGCCGAGGAAGCUAUGUCUGCGCCGCGAUCGGCUUGGCGAUGUGUCCAUGGAAACUCCAAUCGUCGUCAAACCAGUUCACCACCUACCUGUCCGCCUACUCAGUCUUCCUAUCCUCCAUCGCGGGCCCCAUCGUGUGCGACUACUACAUCGUUCGCAAGGGCUAUCUCCAAGUGAAGGAUCUGUACAACGCGAGCCGCAGUUCCCCGUACCAUUACAUCUGUGGCUUUUCCUGGCACGCAUACGCCUCGUACAUUGCGGGCAUUCUGGUCAACAUCGUGGGCUUUGCCGGCGCUGUGGGCCGGGAAGUGCCGGUUGGCGCCCAAUACAUAUACAACAUCAACUACUUUUCCGGGUUCGUCGUGUCGGCCGUGAUGUACUAUGCGCUGACCCGCUUCUUCCCCAUCCCUGGCACCAGCGACACGUGGCAUGAGGUCAAGGUGGAAGGUGCGCUGUCGAUCGCAGACGGCGAGGAGGUUGACGGCGAAGAGGAGAACACUGCGGGCAAACCGAUAGACUUUGCGUCGACUGUUGACCAGAAGCAUCCAAAGUCGCGGGCAUCCUCGCUUGUAUGAUGAUUGAUGAUGAGACACGAUUUGUUUUCUUAUGAUGACAGUGCACUAAUUUGCUGCCUGAUGAUGAGCAUAACCAUUUUUGUAAUUUGACACAUAC